CCUGCAGCAGAGUCCUGCAGCUGUGCAUUUACAGUAGAGGACACUUUAAACUCUCAGGUGUGAGGAGGACAAAACUGAAGUUUUACUCUGACUUGUUCAGGUUUUUUGAUCUGCUGAUUCUAUGGCUUUCUUCACCAACAUCACCAUCCUCCUGGUCGUGGCGUGCGUUUCCCAUCAGCUGAUGUUGGGCAGCUGUCAGAAGGGACAGGGGCGAAGGGGACGAGGGGGGGACAGAGGUCAACACAGGGUCACGUCAGGGCUGAAGCUGGGCCGUCAACCCAAAUCUGUCUCUGCUCGUCCCGUCAAGGGGGAUGUGGUCACCCGGGACAAGUCUGAGUGUACGUGGGCAGCGACGGGGGACGAUGUCCUCGUCCUCGGUGCCACCUGCAAGAAGGGAGGCAGGAGGUUCAGCUGUGAGUACGUCGCCAAACCGUCCCUCUGUCCUGAAUACGCGUCCAAUGUGAGCACUUACUGGAGGCAGAUAGUCAGAGCGAUGAAGAAGCAGAGAAGCCUGUGCCAGGACGGUGAGGCUCUCAUUAAGGCCGGUAUGUGCAAGAGAUCGGCCGCAGAAGCUCAUUUCAGACUCCGUAAAGCUCAGAAGAAGACAGUCCCACCUCCACCUGCAGCUACAGCUGUCAAAACAUGUCAACAUGCCAACAGGAAGUUGGCAGAAGAGUACUGUAAUCACUCCUGGUCGAGUUUUUGCACGCUCCUCUUCACGAUGGUGCAGGAUUAUGAUUGUUAAAGAAAAAAGCUCUUUCACAUUUAAACUCCUUUUUAUUAUAGACUUUAUAUGAGCCUGUUGAAGUAAAUCGUUCCCCCUCUGAAUGCUUUUGGAUCUUUUUGAAAGUUGCCCCAAAAAUUGAAAGAAAAGACAGCAUGAACCACACAAAUUGCUUAAAAUUGAUUAAAAGUAAAUACAAGUGAUUUCCAAGAGAUAUUAACAGAAUAAAAAGGUCAAUAAAAGUCAAAGCAGCAUUAUUUACGGCACUUUUACAUUUAAA